AUGCCCCUCUGGCUCUCCACAAUCCUAUUGAUGGCACGCAUUCUUGAGUUCGCCUUUGGCCUCGCGGUGAUCGGUUUGUACAGUGAAGGCGUCAGCCAGGACAGCGAAUAUUACCUGAAAUGGUGUUUUGCGGUGGUUCUCGGCACGCUGGCGGCAAUCACCGCUAUGAUCUAUCUGCUUCUCGCCUGGUCCUGCAGGUAUGGCGGCGAGCUCUGUCGUUCGCCUGAUUCGAAAUGGAUCCGAGCCUCGUUUCUAUGGGAGCUGGGCUUGUGUAUCUUGUGGCUGAGCCUGUUCGGAGUCUUCGCCCAUAUGUACCUUAUGCCAGCCUCCUCAAAAGUGGCAAACAAUGGCUCGACGGCUUUCCAGAUGCGCGAGGCUGUAUGGAUUGAUCUGUUAAACCUGGCGCUGUGGAUUAUUUCUGCAUCCAUCACUUUCCAAAACGGCCCUAUCCCGCUACCAGAUCGAGUUUCUGAGGCAGAUCCAGUUGUUGAGGCAGGUCCAGUUGUUCCAACAGUCAUCCUCAAGGCAUCUGGCUCCUUCCAGUAUCCCGGACAUCGACAACAGUGA